AGCCAGCCAUACACCGGACUACACAAUUCAUGAUGAAGAACAUCAAAACACACGGAUAUGUGAAUGAAUAUAAUUGGUAUAAUCAGCGCUCUUAUUCCACAUUCUCUGGUAUAAUGGUACAUUACUAGAUCGACAUCUGCCUGAAACAGUAAGAAGGACACGGUCGAAGCCUUCCCCGAAGCGUAAUCGUUGACCACCCGGUCCACAAAGUAAUUUAUCUUUACAGCGCCAUCGACCCCUUUAACCAACUGCAGUAUUCGGACAGGGUUCAGCUACAUAAUGUAUAUUUUAUACACAGUUAUCACUUCUUUGGUUUGCUUUUUGAUUUUGAAAUGGAUGAAAAGAAGGAGGUACUGCACAGACGUUAAACGGCUGGAUGGUAAAACAGUCCUUAUCACUGGAGGAAACUCUGGUAUCGGCAAAGAGACAGCGAUGGCCUUGGCGAUAAGGGGAGCCCGUGUCAUCAUCGCCUGCAGGGAUGUCGUCAAAGCUCAGAAGGCCGUGAGGGAGAUCAAGGCGAGAAGCCACAAUGUCAACGUGUUAUAUAUGGAACUGGAUCUGGCUAAUAUGAGGUCCAUCCGGGAAUUUUGCACGACGUUCUUGCAAAAGGAGAAGAGGCUCGAUAUCUUGAUCAACAACGCGGGUAUACCCAGUGUCUUAGACUGGACGGAUGACAACUUCAGCAUGUGUUUUGGUGUGAACCAUCUGGGACACUUCCUCCUGACCAAUCUGCUGCUGGGCCGGCUGAAAGAGUCCGCCCCGAGCCGGGUGAUUACACUCACCUGUGACAAUUACAAGUACCAGAAGUUGGACUUCCAGGACUUGAACUACAACCUGCUGCCCUUCUUCACCUACUGCCGUAGCAAGCUGGCCAACAUCUACUUCAUCCAGGAGCUGGCCAGGAUGACUGAUGGCAAGGGGGUCACGGCAUACGCCGUGCAUCCAGGCUAUGUGCACAGCAACUGGACGUGCCACUUUUCCAUCCUGUUCCGAAUCGUGAUGCAGGUGAUAAUGUUCAUGUUUUUUGUGCCGUGCGAAUUGGGCGCACAGACAGUCAUCUACUGUGCCGUGUCAGACACAGUCACUGACCACAACGGCGGCUACUUCGCUGACUGUAGGCCGGGCAGACUGAGACCCUUCGCUAAAGACCCUGGAGUGGCCAAGAAACUGUGGGAGGCCAGUGAAAGACUGGUUAAGCUAGCCUGAUGAGGAACUCCUCAUUUGUUUACAUUCAUUUUAUAUGAAGUAUUAUUUAUUACACGACAUGAGGAUGUGUUCUUUAUUAUGAUGUUAUUUUUUGUUAUGAUCAUUUUGUCCCCUUUAUUCUGUUUUUCUGUUUGUUUACAUUGAACUUUCAUUGUGAGAGUGAAUACAGUUGCUUUUGAUUAAAAACCCUGGAAUAUUUCGCUGA